AGACAGCUCUUAUGUGGGACCUUGUCGAAAGCCUUCUGGAAGUCCAGAUACACCACAUCCACUGGUUCUCCCCUAUCCACGCUACUAGUUACAUCCUCGAAAAAUUCUAUAAGAUUCGUCAGACAUGAUUUACCUUUCGUAAAUCCAUGCUGACUUUGUCCAAUGAUUUCACCACUUUCUAAAUGUGCUGCUAUCCCAUCUUUAAUAACUGACUCUAGCAGUUUCCCCACUACCGAUGUUAGGCUAACUGGCCUGUAAUUCCCCGUUUUCUCUCUCCCUCCCUUCUUAAAAAGUGGGGUUACGUUUGCUACCCGCCAAUCCUCUGGAACUAUUCCAGAAUCUAAGGAGUUUUGAAAGAUUAUUACUAAUGCAUCCACUAUUUCUGGAGCUACUUCCUUAAGUACUCUGGGAUGCAGCCUAUCUGGCCCUGGGGAUUUAUCGGCCUUUAAUCCAUUCAAUUUACCCAACACCACUUCCCGACUAACCUGGAUUUCACUCAAUUCCUCGCGGGCCCCUGCUAUUUCCGGCUGAUCAUUUAUGUCUUCCUUAGUGAAGACGGAACCAAAGUAGUUAUUCAAUUGGUCCGCCAUAUCCUGAAGGUGAUCUCUGCAUAGAGGGGGAAAAUGUGAAUCAGAAUAUGUAAACAUCUAGUGAUAGUUGGCAUUUUUUAAAGCUUUAAUCACGAAUAACGUGAAAUAUAGGAUGAAAUCUUCAGUGAAGCUGAUCACUGCUAGCCGAGCCAAUGUGAUGUCAUCAGUUGUAGAUGGUUUAUGCAUGCAACCUAUAAUGUAGCUACCUCAUCACCAUUAACACGCCCUCUCAUAUCAGUAUAACUAUGAUCUCCUCCCUUCUCCUCCUCCCAUUUUGUCCUGGUACGCCUGAAGGCUGGAUGCAGCCAGUACUGGGACGUGUGUGCCAUGUGCUAUAUUAAAGACUCUAGUAAAGGUUACAGUGUGUCAGACUAGACUCCUUUACAUGGUGUCAGAUAGUUAGUUAGACUCGCGUCUCCCGUUUACCGGUUUUUAUUUUAUAAUUUGCCCGGUAUUCCCUAUCAGUUCUGAUGGCCUCCUCGUGCAGGAAACCCUCUCCCCUUGUCUUUGAUGCGGACAUUGCGGAGCGAUGGACUACGUUUGUGAUGGACUUCACUCACUAUGUCAAUAUUGUGCACAGAAACGACCCUGCUGCGGUCCGUGCCUCCCUCCUGCUUAAUCUAGCAGGUCCAGAUGCCAUGAAGAGAGCUCGAGCUUUCGUUUAUGAUCCAGAGGUCCUGGAUGCCAACGGCCAGAUCGCCGUGCCAGCUGAGUCCGCCGACGACCCGGUAUGUCUUUUACGUAAAUUUGCCGAGAUUUGCGACCUGCCAUCCAACCGCAUAUUGGAGCGGUCCAGGUUCUUCACGCGGAAGCAACAGCCAGAAGAGCCUGUCGAGUGUUUCAUCGCUGACCUGCGCUAUCUUGCUCAGCGGUGCCAUUUCGAAAAUAUGUGUGACCAGCUCACCAGAGACAUUCUAGUUACUAGCAUGUUAGACCAGAAGUUACGUGCUGAUUUGCUGCAGAGACCUGACCUGACACUGACUCAGGCAAUGCAUGCGUGUCGCAUCGCUGAGGUGGUAACCCCUAUACAUGGGGUGAGGGGAUCUGACGGCCGCGCUGUCAAUCUGACUGGUGUUACUGGGCCACGACGUUCGCAGGACAGUUCCCGUCCUACACCGCGACCCGCCCGUCCAUCUCGGGACCCGCGGGCACCUAAGUGUCCGAAUUGUAACUAUGCCCACCCCGCUCAGUCUCAGUGCCCGGCUUUCGGAAAAUCCUGCAAUUUCUGUAAGAAAUUAAAUCAUUUUGCUGCCGCAUGCCGUUCCCGUGGGAAAGUUCCACCAGCUACUAGGCAAAUCUUAAACAACCUUCAGCAACUUGAUAGUGAGAUGGACUCUCAGUCUACUGCAGACGCUGCCCAUGACUCUGCGAUGGAACAUUCCAUGGGAGAGUCCAUAUAACAUAUAACCAUAUAACAAUUACAGCACGGAAACAGGCCAUCUCGGCCCUACAAGUCCUUGCCGAACAAAUUUUUUUCCCCUUAGUCCCACCUGCCUGCACUCAUACCAUAACCCUCCAUUCCCUUCUCUUCCAUAUGCCUAUCCAAUUUAUUUUUAAAUGAUACCAAUGAACCUGCCUCCACCACUUCCACUGGGAGCUCAUUCCACACUGCUACCACUCUCUGCGUAAAGAAGUUCCCCCUCAUAUUACCCCUAAACUUCUGUCCCUUAAUUCUGAAGUCAUGUCCUCUUGUUUGAAUCUUCCCUAUUCUCAAAGGGAAAAGCUUGUCCACAUCAACUCUGUCUAUCCCUCUCAUCAUUUUAAAGACCUCUAUCAGAUCCCCCCUUAACCUUCUGCGCUCCAGAGAAUAAAGACCUAACUUAUUCAACCUAUCUCUGUAACUUAGUUGUUGAAACCCAGGCAACAUUCUAGUAAAUCUCCUCUGUACUCUCUCUAUUUUGUUGACAUCCUUCCUAUAAUUGGGCGACCAAAAUUGUACACCAUACUCCAGAUUUGGUCUCACCAAUGCCUUGUACAAUUUUAACAUUACAUCCCAGCUUCUAUACUCAAUGCUCUGAUUUAUAAAGGCUAGCAUACCAAAAGCUUUCUUUACCACCCUAUCUAUAUGAGAUUCCACCUUCAAGGAACUAUGCACGGUUAUACCCAGAUCCCUCUGUUCAACUGUAUUCUUCAAUUCCCUA